AUGAAAUGCGUCCACAAGCGCAGCCGCUCAUGGGGUCCAUUGUCUCGGGCAACAACAGCCCAUGGCCAAAAGUACAAUCCAUCCAGCUCAGACGACCCCCUUAAGAACCUGGAUCUCAAAAACCUCAACGAUCUGCCCCUUGCCAAACUUUCCGAAACUGCAAACGCGGUCUGGGAGCGCAUCAGGGCAAGCGGCUUGAACGUCAAGGUGAUGCCCGUGUCCCUGAACUCGCGGCUGCUGCCUCCGAACCUGGUGCCCGGCGGCUUGCAGGCGCCCGCAGCGCCCCCCUCCAACGGGGUGUCACGAGGGCCGCCCGGGGACGUGCCCAGUGUGGCAGUCGCUGAGCGGUUCCCCUCUGGGGCUGGCAAGGAGCAGCGGCUGAUGGCCGCACUAGCGGAGGCUCAGGAGGAAAAGCGCCAGCUGGCCGACCGCACUGAGGUGCUGCGCGCCAACCUGUCCGUGUUGGAGGACAAGAACGCCAAGAUGGCGCGGGAGCUGGCGAGCGCGGAGGCUGGCAGGGACGACGCCCUCCGGCUGCGGGACCAGCUGCUGGCGGAGCGGGACCACCUGGCCACCCAGCUCAGGGAGGCGCACGAGGAGCUCAAGCGCGCCUCGGAGGGCAUGGAGGUCCGCGAGGGGGCUCUGGAGGCCCUCCGCCAGUCCCAGAAGCAGCUGCAGGAGGAGCUGCAGGACGCUGUGGCUCGACUGCAAGCCGUGGACCGGAGCACCGAGGAGCUUCGCACGCAGCUGACCUCCCUGGAGAGCUCCCGGGCGGCCGCGGCCAGCGAGCGCGAUGAUCUGGCCUGUCACCUGCAGGAGCUGGUGGAGCAGCUGAACGACCUGUUCAGUGCGGAGCAGGCGGUGGACGCAGCUGCCGCCACAACAGCCGCCCCCGGCGGUGGCGACAUCCCCGCGGCUGCGCCUUCCGCAGCCUCCGCCGCUGCACAUCUGGAUCAGCUCCGAGCCACUACUGAGGGCGCCUUUGCAGCGCUGCGGGUGGCUCGCACGGAGCUCGGGUUGCUGAGGUCUGAGAACCAGCACCUGGCGCAGCGAGCAGAGGCUCUGACCAGCUGUAACACGGAGUUGGCGGCGGCUGCGGAUAUCCUGAAGCAACAGGUGGCGGAGGCGCGUACGGAACUGGACGAGCAGCGACGUGAGGCGGCAGAGCUGCGCAGCCGCGAGGCAGCGCUGCAGGCCGAGCUGGCGACGGCGGUUUCGGAGCGGCGAGCUGCGGAGGCGGCAGUGGCGGCGCAGGUGGCUCAGCGGGAGGAGCUGGCGGCGGCGGUGGUGCAGCUGACGGCCUUCCGGGACGCGGCGGCGGCGGCGGGUCUGGGUCACGUCGAGCUGGCCCAGAUGGUGACGCAGAUCACGACCCUUAAGGAGCAGCUUUCCGUGUCUCGUGCCUCCGAAACCGAACUAAAACGCCGCCUGGCCGCGGCCGAGGUGGCUUUGUUGGACAGCCGCCGUGCCGCCGCCGCCACCGAGGCGGGGUUGGUUUCGGAGCUAGAGGCCUCACGCCGUGACGCCGCGGAGCUGCGUGCCGUGCUGCACUCGCGAACGCUGGCGACCCAGGCCGCUCGGCGGGCGGGUAUGCCGCUUGCCCCCGCGGAAGGGCACCUGGUCAACACCAACCGCUUCUGGGUGCCGGCGGACGUUAUGUACGACUUUGUCAAGGCGGUGGCGGCGCGAGAGGCGGUACUCGUGGAGGCCCGGGGCUUCUUGGCGAUCUCGGUUCUCUCCGAGGAGCACAACGUGAUGGUGGUAUCCACGCAGUGGGACUCCCCAACCUCCUUCGAGAGCUGGUCUCGGAGCGCCGCAGCUCGCCGCCACCACUACCCCGCGGGGGUCUACCAGUUCGCGCCCCGCCGCGGGGAGGGCGUCCCAGAGGACUACCUGCCAUUCAAGGACCUUGGGGUGACCACCGGGGGAGGCAGCUCGCACUGA